UCCUCGGGAGCAGAUGGAGCACCGGUCCCCGGCCUGCAUCUUUCCCAGUGACCUUGCUGGAUGCAAAGGUCUUAACUUAGUGGGAGAAGAGGCUGCCUGGAGGAAGAUGGUGUAAGGGAGCUACGGUAGUGGAAGGAAGAGGGUUGUUUCAGAACUCUGGGAGAAGGGAGAGGGGAGAAAGGGAGGGGGUCCCUCUUUCACAGUGAUCCUGCACGACCCCAGCCGCAGGAGAGGCACUGGGGGGGGUGUUUUGUAGUAAGGGAGGAAGGAACCUCAGUGAGUCCGCACACGUAGAGACCCCUGUCCAAAGACUGUCCCACGAGCAGUGGGAGACGUGGGGAGACGUGAUGUAGCCUGAGCCCGGGCAGGCAUGUUAAAUAGAUCUAGCAGAGCGCAACCACAGAGAAUCCGGUCCCUGCCCAUGGCGGGCCUCACUUCCUCCAGCCAAAAGCGAACAGGGCAAAUUAGCGCAUUAGCGCACUUUGUGGUCAAUUUUCCACUCCCUAAGAAACACUUAGCCACCCACGUGUGCAGCCCCACCCAGUGCGGCCGGAUCCCUGGGCAUAAACUUGUGAGGGGGUGAUGGUCCAGACAACGGUGAAUACUGGGGUGCGGGCAGGAUACAGAGAAAGGGACUUUAUAGUGACCCUAAUUCUGGAGAGGGGGCGGGCCUAGUGCCCGGCGCCCUGCGGUGCGUCGGGAGAGCGGUGCACAGCACCAUUGGUUUGCUAAUGCACUGGACUGAAAGGCGAGGGCAACAGUUUCUGGGGGAGUAUUGUAAUUACAAGACAAAUUGCCCUGCUGCUGGCUCGGCUGGAGAGCAAGAAGGGUGGAGAGGACCCGCCCAGGCCCUGCUUGCAACUGGCUUUGAGCAACCACAGGCAGAAAAUUGCUACAUUGUCCUGACAUUAGGGCGACUAAUUCAGCAUCCCAGCGUGGCCAGAGCGUGAAGGGAGCAGAAAAGCAUCACUGGCCAGCAUCCUCGCCUCAGCAUCUUUAUCAGGCCUCAGGACACCUAGCGCCCCACCAUCAUCAUUUAGGAUGGACCCCAGCUCACACAGCUCCCUGCCAUAACGGAGGACCACCAGAAGAAUGUUGGAUCUCCAAGCCUCUGAUGGAGAAGAAGCGUCGUGCCCGCAUCAACCUGUCACUGGAGCAGCUAAGGUCUCUUCUGGAGAGACACUACUCCCACCAGAUACGGAAGCGAAAGCUGGAGAAGGCCGAUAUCCUGGAGCUGAGCGUUAAGUACGUGAGAAGCCUCCAGAACUCAUUGCAAGGACUUUGGCUAGUACCCAGUGGGGUGGACUACCCGUCCGGAUUCCGAGGCGGCUUGCCGGGCUCCAGCCAGAGGCUUCGGCCCGGAGAGGACGACAGCGGCCUGCGCUGCCCCCUGCUUCUCCAGCGCAGGGCAGGCAGCACCACGGACAGCGCCAACCCACAGACGGCCUCUGUUCUCAGCCCCUGCCUCCCGGCCAUCUGGGCCCCUGGUCCCCCUGCAGGUGGCUCCCAAUCCCCGCAGUCCCCGUUCCCUCCCCUUGGAGGUCUCCUUGAGUCCUCCACUGGCAUUCUGGCACCGCCACCUGCAUCAAACUGCCAGGCCGAGAAUCCGAGACCCGGGUUUCGCGUGUGGCGGCCCUGGUGAGGCCUAGGCAAGAAUUUAGAUUCAAGCCCUAACCUCUGCCCUUAUCACCUCGCCGUCUAGUUUGGGGGAAACUAUUUGGGGACACCCAUGGUGACUGCAGGGACUCUAUCAAUCGGUGGCCUGGUGGGGCUGCAGGGAAAUACACGGAGCCAUUUGCUGAAGGGGUCUGCACGUCUAGGUGAAUUCACCCAUUCCAGCCCCACCCUCUCCAGCCAAACCAACUUUUCACCUCCCGUUCUUAGUGAAGAUGGGAGGGAACGGGUGAGCUGUACCCCUUUCCCAGGGACCCGGGGCUGGCAGUCCGCCCCCGCCCCCCUUUCACCGCUGCGUCACGGUGGGAAGGUCGCGGUUGCUAGCGGAGCAGAGCGGACCCCUCGCAGCGAGGAGAAUCGCUGCCCCGCCCUGGCCCAUUCAACGGGCCUCGGGCGUUCAGUUCCCACCGGCACAAAGCACGCUGGGCCCCGCCCCUUCAGCGAGGGGCUCCCAUCCUACCACCACCCAAGACCCUCUCACUACCAUCGCAACCCAUCACCCCCUCUGCACUGAUUCACACUGCUGGCGCGCUCUCCAGGCCCUCCCUGCGCAAAUACCUAUGGCUGCGGCGUGCAGGUGCCGAGCACUGGCUCUGCCUCUAAGGUACAUUGCGUGCCCGACGCCGCGCCUGGCCACAAUCUAGAGUCCCCGGUCCCACCCAUCCCUGCGUAGAACGGCUGAGACCAGAGUAUUCCGUGUUCUGCAAAGACCACUGUAGUGCCUUCUGAGCCUUAGACUGGAACUAAAAGGCUAUUAGUUACCAUGCACUGGGACUGUGUUGGGGAGAGGGUUCGUGUUGUGGAUCAGUCUUGGCUGCAGUUCGAAAUCCCAGCGCCUUCUACUUCCAACGUACAAUUCUGAAUAAAGACUGGGCGUGAAUACA